GUGGUUGAAAACCGCCGCUGUGUAUACCAGUCGUACGUAGGCGAUCACGCGGUUAACCAGGCCUUCAAUUCCAUGUCGCUGUCUCUCGUCCUGUUUCUUAAAUACGGUCUUCUUCUGAUCAUCGGCUUCGAGAAUGGUGUUUGUGAUGAGCACGAAUACAGAUUGACGAAGCAUCUGCUGGAUGGAUAUGACGCCGGUGUACGACCAGCUAAAAAUUCGUCCCAGCCCUUGGUCGUGGUCUUUGGGCUAUCCCUUCAUCACAUUAUCGAUGUUGAUGAAAAGAACCAGAUACUCACGACCAAUUGUUGGGUUACGCAAGUUUGGACAGACCAUCAUUUGAAAUGGAAUGCCUCGGAAUUUGCUGGAAUUCGAGUAAUCCGUGUUCCCUAUAAUCGUGUUUGGCGACCUGACACUAUUUUAUACAACAAUGCGGAUCCGCAAUAUAGUUCAGCAGUCAUCAAUACAAACGUAAUCGUCAGCCACACAGGCGAAGUGGUCUGGUUAAGCCAUGGUAUCUUUCGUAGCAGUUGCGACAUAAACGUAGAAUUUUUUCCCUUUGACGAACAACGAUGCGCUCUGAAAUGGGCCUCUUGGACAUACGACGGAUAUCAACUUGAGCUGGAGAGACAGAGCGAGGAGGGGGACGUGAGUAAUUAUCAAGCGAACGGCGAGUUCCAUCUUCUGGAUUUCACCGCCCGCAGAAACAUCGAGUACUACUCCUGCUGCCAAGAACCGUAUCCCGACAUCACUUACGAGAUUCGCUUACGACGACGUCCGAUGUUCUACGUCUUCAACCUGAUUCUGCCCUGCAUACUAAUCAACGGUGUCGCCCUGCUGGUUUUCUACGUGCCCUCCGAGUCGGGAGAGAAAGUCACCCUCGGCAUCUCGGCCCUCCUCUCCAUGACAGUUUUCUUGAUGACCAUUCGCGAAACUUUGCCGCCUACGGAGAAGACGCCGUUAAUAAGUCUUUAUUACGGUGUCAGCAUUUGCCUGGUGUCGUUUGCAUCCGGUCUGGCGGUUGUAACAUUGAAUUUGCAUCACCGUGGUGUGCGGGGUAUACGAGUACCGAGUAUCGUGAGAUCGUUGGUCUUAGACAAAUUAGCCAGAAUAGUAUUUCUGAAUUUCGAAGAGGAGAAUAGAUCGCAAAAGAAAACUAAAAGAACUAUGAGGUACAAGAACAAUUGCCCGCUGCACUGUAAAUCCGAAUUGCCGGAACAGCACAUAUCUCCCAAGUAUGUAUCGAGGAGGGAUGAUAGUAAUAGCAGCAGUCCCAGUUUAGAUCUCGGAAAAGAAGGCGGCCUUGAGGCGCAGUGGUCUCGGGUCCUGGGAAGAGUGCAUGCGACCAUUGAGAGAAACGAGCGGCGCCUGGUAGAACAAGAUCGCCGAGAAAGGACAGAGUUAGAUUGGAAACAAGUCGCUCUGGUCAGUGAUCGUGCGCUAUUGUGCGUUUUCUUUCUCACGACAAUUAUUAGUACGGCGGUGAUUUUAUGCGGCUCACCUCCGACUCAGGAUGCAUCUAAAGAUGGGUAAUCCUUGGAUUAUCGAUUCGAUUAAUCGACUAAAUGGUUGGCGGUCAUAACUUCUUCUUCAUCAUUGCUGGACUCAAAGAAUAAUUUUAUUCUCUCCACAUAUAUUGCACAUUAAAAAAGAUUAAACAGUUCAGUAGAUUCGUCGAUAUAAAGAAUAUAUGAGUGUGUUUCUCGUUAUCUGUUUUAUGAUGAGAUAUGUGUACUAAUCCAUGAAUAAGUAGUUUUGAUAGAAACUUCUUGCUCCCUACAAAGAAAUACUGGCAUUAUAAAAAAUAAAAAUAUCUUUAUUUUUCAUUAUUUAUGAUGUGAUUAUAUUCCAACUAGAAGUAAAGUUACUAACAUAAUUAUGACUGUAAUUAUUAUAAACAAAUUUAAUUGUUUAAUUUCUAAUUAUUUUUUUAAAUGAAGAUUAAUAGAAAAAAAGUUCGAUUAUUUCGAGACUUCAAUUUUUAUCGGUUUUUUUUAAUUCGUGAAUUUUUUGCAGUCUAUACGCGUACAUUUAAAAAACGAAAUAUUUAUUUCCCAAACAGAAGUAAAAUUAAAGAAUAAAAUUGAUUGUUAGAAUCAUUAUUGGCAACAAAUUUAUUAAUUUUUUUCUUUCUGAAGAAAUUCUCAGACUUUUUAAAAAUUUAUAUGUUUCAAAAGUACAACUUAAAUUCACUUUUACUCUUGAUGUUUUCUCUUUGAUAUUGAACAAACAAAGUAGCUGAAGAAACUGUAAAUAUAUGCAUCGAAUUUGUCAGAAUAUGUAAAUUUAGCGAUGCCGUAAGUUCAUAAAAAUUCGUUAGUACAUUAACAAUAUCAAUAGGUUUAUUAAUAUAAAUGUUAAUAUUUAGAUCUAGAAAUAAACGUUCCUUAUCUAUAAAGAACUCGAUAUCUGAAUGUACGAUAGAUGUAUGGUUAAAAAUUAAUACAUAUUUGAACAGGGUUGAAAGUAUAAUCAAGACAUAAAAAGAAUAAAUAAU